AUGGGGUUGCUGUACACCCUGCCAGAGCACAGGGGGAAGGGCUAUGCCAAGAUCCUGGUGAGCACCAUGGCAGCAAGGCUCCAUGCCCAGGGUUACCCUGUGUACUGCAACAUCGAGGAGGAGAACCAGGUCUCCUUCAGGCUCUUUAAGAAAUCGGGCUUUACUGAGGACCCCUCUCACAGGGCCACCCGGGUUGAGUUCAACUACAAAACCAAUAUUUCUUGGAUUGACAUGCUUCAUACCACCAUGCUGAAGGACAUUUCUGCCACAAAAGAUGUCACAAUGAGACCGUGUGGUGUAACUCACCUCCUGGAAUUACAAGACCCAAAUCACCUUCCUCACCUGACAGUGAGCAGAGAUGUGGAGGCCAGGAUCUCCUCCCUGAAUGAAUUCCAUGUCGGUUUGGUGAAUAAAACCUGGAAAUAUGGAGAUGAUGAAAAAGGUUUUCAACUAAUCAAACAUCUGAUAAGCCACUUCCCCACAUGUUGCAUCACUGAUGAAGAAGGCCGUCCAGUUUCCUGGGUGCUGCUGUAUGAUUACUGUGCCAUGGGGAUGCUAUACACCCUGCCAGAGCACAGGGGGAAGGGCUAUGCCAAGAUCCUGGUGAGCACCAUGGCAGCAAGGCUCCAUGCCCAGGGUUACCCUGUGUACUGCAAUGUCGAGGAGGAGAACCAGGUCUCCUACAGGCUCUUUAAGAAACUGGGCUUUACUGAAGACCCCUCCUACAAGGCCACCUGGUUUGAGUUCAACUACUAAACCAGUAUUUAUUUUUAUAAAAUUACAA